AUGACAUGCACAAGUAAUUCUAAUAGCUUUGUUAAUGCGUUCUUAAAUUAUUUUGCAAAUGCUACCAUAAAAAUAGAUGGAUGUCUGAUUGAUACCACUGGAGGAUUUGGACAACAUUAUAUUAUCAGUAAAUUUGUCAAAGGAUUAUCACCCUAUUUAAUGACUAUAAUAGUCGGUCACAGUCCUCAAACAUUAGAUACUGCUAUUACAAAAGCAAAUAAAAUGAAAUAG